AACGUCAGCAAUAAAUGCCUGGCACUUGUCUAUUUUAUGUCUAAAUUUUCUUUAGUUGAGUUCUCCUCCACCUUCCUAAAGCUAAAAAUGCUUAAGAGAAUUAUUCAAAAUAACUCUGUUUCUAUUUGUUCCCUGAAAGUUUUGUACUAUUGCGUCAAACUUUUGGGAAUGGUAUUUUUUACAAUAUCAGACCGUGGAGUGUUGAAAUUUUGCAAGAAAUCUUGGAUCUUUUCCAUAUCCUUCUGGAGUAUCUGUACUUUUGGAUACAUUUGUGUAUUAUCGUAUAACAACAGAGAUUUAUUUCAAACUAAUUUCAUCCGUCGAAUGACAUUUGCACAAUUUUCAAUCAAAGUUGUUUUCACUUUUGCAAUUUUUAAAUUAAUUGCAAGGCAACAUAAACAAUUUAUCGAAGCUGCUAAUAGAACCAUGCAAACUUUUAUUCGGAUAACAAUUUUGACCAAAAAUUUGAGAGUAUUAGGUCGAGAAUUCUACUUAAUAGUUCUUGGAAGGAUUUUCUUAUUUGUAUUGAUGUUAAUUUCGGAUUGGCCCAAUCUCAUGAAUGUUUCCAAAUCAAAAGAUUUACCAUUUGUUGUCCAAAAUAUUCUUGGAUACGGGCUUGGCUUUACAAAUUACUACGCGCUUAAUGUUAUUUGCUUGGUGUACAUUUCUUCGUCAGCAAUGUUUCACAGUAUUGGGCUUCAUAUUGUCAAGUUAGUGGAACGUAUUCAAAAAUUCGAAAUCAAGUCUGUGACCGUAUUUCGGAGAAGACAAAUGAUGCAGGAGUUCUGCUUGGAAUUAGAUGAAUGCUCAGAAAUUUAUUCGGAAAUUUUUAAAACUACCACCCAAUUCCAUACAAUGGUACAGCUUAUAUUGUUUUUGAACUUUAGUUUUACAGUUAUAAGUCUAAUGUAUGGAAUUCAUGUUUGUUUUGUGCAUUAUCUAAAAUUUGGAGAAAUAUUGUGGUUCCUCCUGAUUCUUGCAACAUUGCAGUUGCUAAAUUUAUGUAUUCUAGUUCUUUGUGCAGAUUUGAUGGUUAGAAGAUCAAACGUUCCUCAUAGUCUUGAUUGGGAAAGUUUGUACUUGAAACAUGAUGAGCAAUUGGAUAGGUGUGUUUAUCAAUUUUUGACACGGUUGUCUGUGGAAGAAUUAAAGAUUGAUAUUUAUGGAUUAUUCACAUUGAAUCGGGAACUUUGCUUGCAGGUGUUUUCAAUGAUGGUUGGAUAUCUGACAAUUGUGAUACAAUUCAGCAUGAUGGGUUAUUUUAAAGAAGAAAACUAAUAAAACUUAAUCCAAAUUAAAGAAGUUGGUAUUGCUUUACAAAAACGAAACACAUAUAAAGAAAUUUUGUGUGUCAAGAAUUUGGUCAGACUAUUAACACAGUUUAAUAUGUGCAUUUGUGCAAUCAUGUAGACUGCUUUAAACCUCCAAAACCAAUAAAAUUCUUUCAGCUUACCUCCGAGUA